AUGGUGCCUCCAGCGAGGCCGAUACGAAAGCUGUUGGUGGCUAAUAGAGGCGAAAUCGCCGUUCGAAUUCUCCAAGCCGCCAGAGAACUCCCAAACCACGUUGAGACCUAUGCCCUGUAUACCCCGGGUGACCAGUCCCAUUGCGACAUCGGUGCUCCCCAUCAUACGUUGGCACUUCCAAGCCCGGCGUCCUACAUGGACGUUUCGUUACUCGUGAAGCUCGCCAAAGAACACUCCAUUGAUACCGUCCAUCCAGGCUACGGGUUCCUGAGCGAGAGCCCAGAGUUCGCCCAGCGUAUGUGGGAGGAAGCGGGCGCCAAAGUGAUCGGUCCAGGAUGGGAUGUUUUGGCACAGACUGGGAAUAAGCUUCAAGCCAAACAGCUGGCUGAUGCCUGCGGUGUUCCUGUGUUGAAGGCAAUCACCCAACCCACCAGCGAUCUAAACGUCAUCAAAGCUUUUGCGGCGGAAGUUGGGUAUCCGGUGAUGGUCAAGGCUGUGGACGGGGGUGGCGGGCGAGGCAUCCGUCUUGUGAGAAGCGAAAGUAUGCUGCAGACGUCCGUUGACCGAGCCACUGGUGAAUCGCCUUCGAGGAAGGUUUUUGUGGAAAAGGCGGCGGUUGAGGGAUACCAUCACGUCGAGGUACAGGUCAUUGGCGAUGGGACUGGACAAGUCAGACAUUUGUGGGAAAGAGAUUGCAGCAUUCAGCGGCGCUUUCAGAAGAUCGUCGAGUGCGCGCCUGCAUUGAUAAAAGACCGCGGGCUUAUUCGUCGGGUAAUCGAAGCUGCGUUGCUUAUUGCCAGCAGAAUUAAAUAUCUAUCCCUAGGAACAUUCGAGUUCUUGGUCAACGAGCAGCUAUCCGAAUUCUAUUUCCUAGAAAUCAACCCGCGUUUGCAGGUAGAACACACCAUCACUGAGUGCAUAACCUCUGUCGACCUUGUACGCUCUCAGUUCCUGCUGGCACAGGGCGCAUCGCUCCAAGAUAUCGGACUCGGCGAAAAGCGAAACCCAGAGGUUCCGCCAGGGCCCCAUUCCAUUCAAUUGCGCCUCUGUGCUGAGGAUCCAGCUGCCAACUUCGCUUUGAGUAUUGGCAAGAUAACAGAAUUCCACGUCCCAGGUGGCAAUGGAGUCAGAGUUGACACUAAUAUCUCAGCCAUGUCGCCCGUCGUGGUCGGAUCUGAUUUUGAUAACAUGGUCGCAAAAAUUAUCAUCACGGCGGCAAGCUGGGACGCGGUGAUCUCAAAGGCCAGGAGAGUCCUCGAAGACACCAGAAUCUCCGGGAUCAAAACCAAUAUCGAUGUUCUCCGUGCAGUCGUUGAUAGUAACGAUUUUCGAGAAUGGAGAGCCGAUACCCAGUGGCUUGAAGCCAACUUGAGCGAUAUCGUAGCUCAUGGACAAAGGCUCUCACAGUCCAUCCAAUCCAGCAGGCCUUCCUUGCCAUCAUCAUCCGUCUCGCAAGCACUAUCCGCAGCGGCUUCCAGCGUAAUGUUCCGCAAGGGAGACACAUGGUCCAUCGACCUGCAGCCGUUGGGCGAGAAAUCAGACUCCCCCCAGCCGCAGCUACCACAUCAUCUGCUUCUGAAGCGAGUGCUACGCAACGAAUUCCCAUCCUCACUCAGCGCCGAAAUCGAAUACACAACGCCGGCAGCGGGCUCGACGGCAGCCAAGACAACGCCGUACAAGAUGACUCUCUCCACGACCUCGACAUCCGCCAGCUCCCUAUCGUCAACUCACCGUCUGGGAGAUCCGAACAACCAGGCCCACGUCACUCUGCCAAUGAGCGGGAAACUGAUCGAGAUGCUGGUGUCCGAAGGAGAUGAGGUCGAGGAGAAUGCCGUCAUUGCAUUUGUGAAGCAGAUGAAGAUGGAAAUUGAGGUGCGCAGCCCGCGGGCGGGAAGAGUAUCGUGGGCUCUUGAAUUGGAAUCCGAAGACGGAGACGACGUGCCCGAGGGUGUCCUUCUUGCGGAGCUUGAGGCCAUGGGAGUCGCAGCAACGAGUGCGGUGGCUGUCAGGGGGAGGUUGUGA